AUGCCACCGAAGCAAGGAAAGAAAACAUUAUGGGUAGAAUGUGAGAAAUGUAACUGCACCAUACCAACAAAUGAUAAAAGUAUUCACAUAGAAUUGAAUUGUGGCAAGGAUCAAGUAAAAUGUCCAUACGUAGAAGGUAGUAAAUUGUUUUCGUGGCUUGAGAGAUGUGGUUCUCUACCUGAGAAUGCUCCUAGCAAUGCUGUUUUAAUACAUCCCUCUGCAGGAACAUUAAUAGGGGCAGUUAUUGGAUGCCCUUUAGAGAUAAAAAAGAAAGGUUCUCCAACAAUACUCAGACGAAUGUGGCCUUCUAAAACAUCUUCACCAGCAGCUGUAAUCAUACAAGCAGCAGAUCUGUCUGCAAGUUGGUGCAGUGAUAAUAAAAGUGUUAUUGUAUCUGUAUUAGAACAAGAGCUUCCAUUAGCAUUUACUGUUAAUAUUAAAAUAAAUAAUCAGAAAAUAGAUAGUCAUAUUAUUGAUCUACUACAAGAACAUUUCAAAAAUUAUUUUGUGUGCAUUGGCAGUAUACUAGUUUACUACUAUUUUGGUAAAAAAAUAGAAAUAGAAUUUGUAAAUAUAAAAGCCGAAACCUUAUCUGAUGCACAUGUAUGGUUUAGUUUAUCUGAAAAUACUAUUUGGAAAAUUGAUCAGAAUACUGUAGAAAAAUGUAAGAAACCACAGAUGGUUGGAGGAUAUGAUGAUAUUAUUGAUGAUAUCAAAACGUUAAUCCAAAUAUCAUUUAAUAUAGAAGGAAUAGCUGCUCAUUUUCAGCCUACAAGAGGACUUUUGCUUUAUGGACAUUCAGGUAUUGGUAAAACUGCAAUUUGCAGAUAUUUAAUAGAUAAUUUAAAAUGUAACCAUAUUGAAAUCAAUGGACCCACAAUAUUCAGUAAAUAUUUUGGUGAAACUGAGGCUACUAUGAAAAAUCUUUUUGCAAAGGCUGUAGAGAGUGAACCUUGCAUUGUAAUUGUUGAUGAAAUGGAGACAAUAUGUCCUAGGCGUUCAUCAGGUAGUACAGAGCAAGAAAGAAGAGUGACAUCAGCAUUUGUUUCUCUAUUGGACAGCUUACAUGAAGAAAACAAUAGGGUUUUUAUAUUAGCCACUACUAGAAAACCAGAUGCAAUAGAUCCCAUGCUUCGAAGAUUUGGAAGAUUAGAUAAAGAAAUAGAGGUUCCAGUACCUGACAGGUUACGAAGAAAAGAUAUAUUGUAUGUCCUUCUUAAAGGACUACCUUCUAAAGUGCCUUCAGAUGAAAUUGAUUCAAUAUCUGACAUGGCUCAUGGGUAUGUGGCAGCAGAUUUGGUGAACCUGUGUACUCAGGCUUCAUUAAAAUGUAUUAAGCGAGGAAGCAAGAUAAUUGAAAAAGAAGAUGUCAUUAGUGCUUUGACAAUUGUUCGCCCAAGUGCAAUGAGAGAACUGUUGAUAGAAGUCCCCAAUGUCCGAUGGACAGAUAUAGGUGGGCUUGAUCACCUAAAGCUUAAACUGCGUCAGGCAGUAGAGUGGCCUCUGAAACAUUCAGAAAGUUUUCAGAGACUAGGUGUUAAGGCCCCUGCAGGAGUACUACUUUAUGGUCCCCCAGGGUGUUCGAAAACUAUGAUUGCCAAAGCAUUGGCCACAGAAAGCGGACUCAAUUUUCUUUCAAUCAAAGGACCAGAGUUGUUCUCUAAAUUUGUUGGUGAAUCAGAAAAAGCUGUCAGAGAUUUAUUUACUAAAGCACGACAGGUGGCACCAUCAAUUAUAUUUUUCGAUGAGAUGGAUGCAAUUGGAGGCGAAAGAGGAGCAGGAGAAGCCAGUGUACAUGAGCGUGUGUUGGCACAACUUUUAACAGAACUAGAUGGUGUGGUGCCCCUUAAGUCAGUUACUAUACUUGCAGCAACAAAUCGUCCAGAUAGGAUGGAUAGGGCCUUGUUGCGGCCAGGUAGAUUAGACAGACUUAUUUAUGUGCCCUUACCAGACUUUGAAACUAGAUUGCAAAUAAUUGAAAUAAUUUUGUCAAAGAUGAGCAUCAGUGAUGAUGUUAAUUCUCAUUAUGUGGCCACCAAAACUGGGGGGUUCUCAGGUGCAGAAUUACAUGCACUAUGUCAUGAAGCAGCACUACAGGCAUUAGAAAACGAUUUAGAUUGUCCUGCUGUAAGAAUGGAACAUUUUCAAAAUGUACUAAAAGACUUUAGGGCGCGCACACCCCAGUCUUUGCUUAAAAUUUAUGAAGAAUUUUCUUUGGGUCAACAAACAAAUUAA